UUUGUUGCCGCGUGCAGGAGUCUCGUAGUUUUUUUUUGCUUAUGCAAAGGGUUGGGAAGACUUCGAAAUCCCACGCGGAUCCAUGCAGAGUCAUCAAUAGUCGCAGCUUAGACUGAUCACUGAAUCACAAUAGGAUUUCUUUCAAACUAAAGUAGAGGAUCUAUUAUACAGAGUGUUGCUUUAAACAUUGUGGAUAUUUAAAUAGGAUUUCCUGAAGUAAAACUUUUGCAGAAAAUGUAAAAUUAGAUGUGCAGUUCUUUGUUUUAUACAAAGCCAUUUCUGAAGAGGAGACCAUUCAACAGCUCUCUGAAGCAUUCCAAUGGCUUUAAAUGAAACAUUUUCUUUUAAUAACACCAAUUCAACGAUUCCACCAGAGACAGAUUUGAUUGAUACUACCUUCCAGUUCAAUGGAACAGAAACUGAUCUUCCAAAUAUAACAGUCAAAGAAACUCCUUUUUACCUUAAUUUCCGGGAUGAACCAUGGGUAAUACCACUUGUCUCACUCUCUUUGCUCAACAUAGCAGCCAUCUUCAUUUUCGAGAUCUAUGUCUUAUACAAAUCUUGUGGCGGAAGAAGACAUUUAUUUCUCGGGCAAGUCCUAUUAUUAGGCCUGUUCUUAUGUUCUCUACUAGGACUUACAUAUGUGCCACAACCACACUGGAUAUUCUGUGGAAUCACUAGAGCUGGAAUUGGUAUAGCCUAUUCAAUCGUAUUUGGGACCUUACUGGUGAAAUGUGUCUUCCUUCUCAAGUUACAUGAUGGAGUUUAUUUCAAUGCAUCAUUCCAAGCAUUAUUUCUAUUUUUUGUCGUAUUGGUGGAAAUAGUCAUAAUUACUCAAUGGUUCGUGUAUGAACCUCCCGAUGUCGUAUCAUUUGCAUUUGAUGGUAAAGUAUCUGUUGUAUGUCAGAAGACGCCAAUAGAAAGGAUAGAAUAUUUGUGUUACGUAAUGUUUCUUCUUUUCCUGGUUAUGGUAGCAUCGAUAAGAGCACGCUCCCUUCAGGAAAAUAACAAAGAAGCCGUAUACAUAGGAAUCUCGCUUGCCUUCUCAUUGGUCUUCUGGGUUGCUUGGGUCUCAGUUUGCCUUAUAUUCGACAGAAGAUUUGAAGCUCCAGCCGAAGCGUUAGGCUUAGUAUGUACAGCCUUAGUCGUCUUCCUCUUGAUAUUCAUUCCCAAGGCAGUGCAGUUAAGUAAUUCCCGGAGACAUCUUGGUAUGGGCUCCUCCACAGUAGGCAGUCAUUCCGUGAUCCAUACACCAUCAUUUCUGCACCUCCAGCCUCAUGCUGUGUUGCCCAGCAGCACACAGGGAACGCUUGUGAAGCAGUCACAUGUUAAUGCAGAUUACUGCCGAGGUUAUCCCACAAGGUUUUGGCGUUAUGAUUACCCAAGUUUCCAUCAGAUGGAGCCACCAGCGAUCACAGCGUCUGAGAAUUCGUUGAAGAAAUCCAACGGAUCCUUCAGUCAUUCUCAUCUUUAUUGAUAGCUUUUGAGUGCUGAUGAGUACGAUCGUAUCGGUAUGGUGCUAGAAAGAUAAAUACAUUGUCAUUCUUAGUUUUUUCUCCUUGAGCUGAAUAGAACAGAUAAUAAAACUAACUUUAAAUGCAGUAAUAGCUCGGACCAGAACCGGUGCGGCUUUUUUUGGCGGCAGAUUUUAGAGGCGGGUAAUUUUUUUUAAAAUUAGAAAUAACAAAAUUUUUAGAAUUUAAGGAAGGCAGUCGGCAGCAGAAUUUAGGAUCCACACUGGUUGGCCAAAUACUAGCAACAGCCCUGCUAAUAACUAGGACAAAUAAUAAUUGCACCUGUCCGUCAGUUGGCGAUUGUCAUAAUGCGUACCGGGAAGACAGACUACCAGAAGUUACUUAGUAUCAAGUGUCUAAGCGAAAAAAUAGUAGUAGUGUAAUUAUGUGAAAUGCUUGUUAGAUAUCCUCUGAUUUAACUUUUUUUAAACAUGGGAAGCUUGGAAUUAGCAUUUAAACAAAUCAAAGGAAACACUUUUGGUUUAUCUUUCCAUAAUUUUUGUAUAAUUAUGUAAGAAGUGUAUAAAUAAUUCGCUUCUA